CCAAGAGGGCCGUUGGUGGGAGGGUGGGGUAUGUGAACUCUUCGGCCUUAGGAUUUUCUUUCAGACCAGCCUGAGACUUCCAGCUCUGCGAUGCCCUCAGGCUUUUGGGAGAGGUGCUUCUGGUUGUGGGGGCUCCUUCUCUGGCCCAGCAUUGGAAGCUCAGGGGAUGCACCGACUACCCUACAGCCCAAAUGCACCGACUUCCAGAAUGCCAACCUUCUCCGAGGCACCAACCUCCAAGUCCAGUUUCUCCUCUUUACCCCUUCAGACCCCAGCUGUGGGCAGCUAGUGGAGGAAAGCAGUGACAUCCAGAACUCCGGGUUCAAUGCCUCUCUGGGAACCAAGCUAAUUAUCCAUGGAUUCAGGGCUUUAGGAACAAAGCCUUCUUGGAUUGAUAAAUUCAUCAGAGCCCUUCUGCGUGUAGCAGAUGCUAACGUGGUUGCCGUGGACUGGGUUUACGGGUCUACAGCGGUCUACUUCUCAGCUGUGGACAAUGUGGUGAAGCUGAGCCUUGAGAUCUCCCGUUUUCUCCACAAACUCCUGGUUCUGGGUGUGCCGAAGUCCUCGAUCCACGUCAUUGGUGUUAGCCUGGGGGCCCACGUUGGGGGCAUGGUGGGACAUUUCUACAAGGGCCAGUUGGGACGAAUCACAGGCCUGGACCCUGCUGGACCAGAGUAUACCAGAGCCAGCCUAGAGGAACGCUUGGAUCCCGGAGACGCCCUGUUUGUGGAAGCCAUCCACACAGACACUGACAAUUUAGGUAUUCGGAUUCCUGUUGGACACGUGGACUACUUUGUCAAUGGAGGCCAAGACCAGCCUGGCUGCCCAACCUUCAUUCACGCAGGUUACAGUUACCUGAUCUGUGAUCACAUGAGGGCCGUGCAUCUCUAUAUCAGUGCGAUGGAGAAUCCGUGUCCGUUGAUGGCCUUUCCCUGCGCCAGCUACAGGGCCUUCCUUGCUGGACACUGCCUGGAUUGCUUUAAUCCUUUUCUGCUCUCCUGCCCAAGGAUAGGCCUGGGGAAUCAUGGUGGUGUCAAGAUAGAGCCGCUUCCCAAGGAAGUGAAAGUCUACCUCCUGACCACUUCCAGGGCUCCAUACUGUGUGCAUCACAGCCUCGUGGAGUUUUACUUGCAGGAGCCGAGAAACAAGGAGACCAACAUCGAGAUCACCUUCCUCAGCAGCAACGUCACCUCCUCAGUUAAGAUCACCAUACCUCGACAGCAGCUCCAAGGAAAAGGCAUCAUGGCCCACCCCAACCCGCUGUGCCAGAUACACGAAGUAAAUCUCAAGCUUCAGGCUUCCAACCGAGUGUGGGAAAAAACGGCUUCCAUUGUCGGGAAGUUCUGCAUGGCCCCUCUGCCCAUCAAUGACAAUGAAAGGACGGUGUGCUUACCCGAGCCAGUGAGCUUACAAACAAGUGUGACUGUUUGUCAUGACCUGAAAAUAGCCUGUGCGUAGUGUAAGCCUGGGCAGGACACGUCCCCUGGAUUUGGUGGGCACAGGAGGUGAGAUAUGCAUGUGUGCAGCGUGUUCUAGAGCACUGCUGUGAGGAAGGAAGGUAAAAUCUUUGAUUAUUUUCUCUGUAAUCUGCUAUCUUGGAGGGGAGAGCUGACCUUCAUUGGAAAAUUCAUUUGAAAAGCCAUACCUAGAUCGGUUUUGUCUUUCUUAUUCAUACGUAACUGCACUUGUGUCAUAUUCUCAGGCAUCCCAGCUGUACUCGGGAGUCAAGAGAAACAUAUAAAUGGAAGCUUUUUAAAAAAUUAAAUUUCAUGCAACAUCUGAGUCA